AAUACCUCAAACGAACACUUUGACAAAUAAACUACACCAAGAUAUAAAUAAAUAACAUAAAUAAGUAAGCAUAAAGGUAAUAAAUACAGCUUAGUAUCGCUAUAAAGACUGAAAAAUAUGAAAAUAACGCCCGUUAUAACCGAAAAUAUAAUCGACAGCGGUCACGCGUAUCACACACACGAUCGCUGCAAAGAUCAGAUUCAAUCCACUUACUCUGAAUUGACGAACAGCACCCAUAAGAUAUAUAAAAACACAUGACAGAUUAGCGUCCAUGUCAGACUCAACUCUCUGAGGCUCGAUCACGUGCUCUUUGAUUAGAAUCUUUCGAAAACAAACACUUUAAGCGCGCGUGACGUCAAUGAUUCUAUGGCGUCACAGGGCUAUAUAUCUGGAGCUCCGCGCCUGUGGCCGCAGUUCAGUCAGUCGAGCUCGUGUGUUUGUCGUCCGUCAGUUCAGUGAGAAUCCGAUCAAUGCAGAGACUUUCUCGUGAGGAAACACUGGAAAUCUGUGCAGACGAUUGUGAGACUUUACAGAGCUUCAUGGCGAGAACUAGCGAACUCUCUCGUACUGUAGCAGCGAUGGAGAACCGCGAGACAGAAAAACAGCCCAAAAGCUUGAAGAGUCGCUUCUUUUCAUUUUUCAAGCUGGAUGUGAAACGUCGAGGCAAUAAAGAAGCCGAUCUACAGCCUCCGUUGGACACAGAUUCAGCUGAUCCACAGCCGGGCCCGUCCCACCUGGAGUCAACGACUCACCAGGAUCACACUGAUCCACAGCCGGGCCCGUCCGGCAUCAGGCAGGGAAUCUGUGUCCCAAAUCCAGAAGAAAAGAAGAAAGACGGCAGUACGCUCAUCAAAAGAGCGUGGUGUACUGUAAAACAUGCAGCAGGGCGUCUCGUAAAGCGCAACAGCGCGGCUCCACCUCGUCCACAGCCCGACACGGAUUCAGCCCAUCCUCAGCCGGAUCCAUCUGUUCCUGAGCAAAAGGAAUCGCUGGAUCUGACUGAUCUUGAGCUGGAUCCGUCCUUCUUUGAGCCACCGGAUUUUCUGGAUCUGACUGAUCUUCUUCCGUCAUUUCCAGAAUCUCCAGGUGCUGCUUCGAAGGAAAGCGAAGAUCCAACCUGGUUAAGGACCAUCUCUUGCCCAGGACCAUCUCCCCUUCCACUGUCUGAACUUUAUGACGUGGAAGAGGAUAUUGGACGAGGAUACUUCGGCACUGUGCGCAAAGGGAUCCGGAAAUCUGAUGGCCAGCAGGUCGCCAUCAAAUUUAUAAGGAAGCUUACAUCAGGCCGGUUUGCUGACAGGUUUAUCACAGUGCCUGGAGUUUCCGAACCUCUAUUUGCAGAAGUGGCUUUAAACCUGCUGCUGAAUCGGCCUCCGUUAAGCCCCUUUAUUGUGCACAUGCUGGACUGGUUUGAGGAGGAAGAUCAGUAUAUCCUCAUUCUAGAGUAUUCUGAGCCCUGCCGAGACCUGUACGGAUUCAUCCUCCAGGAAAAGCUGAGUGAAUCACAGGCACGUAGCUUGAUGUACCAAGCGGUGCUCGCAGCCAAGCACUGUCUUGACGGAGGCGUCUUCCACCGUGACAUCAAGCUAGACAACUACGUGAUCAACACGGCGACGAAACCGGGUCCAACUGAUAGACUUUGGCUGCGGUGA